UGGCGCCUGAAGCGCCGAAUAAGAGCUCCCACAGCAAACCCCCCAAAAAAACCAGGCCGAGCCAGCGGCCACCGGAAAUCCCGGACUGGCCUCAACAUUCAGAAAUCAUCAGCAGCACAAGAGGAUAAGAUAGGAAGAAACAGGCAAGGAAGGCAACAAGUCGUCAGCCAUGGCGCUCUCCCUCUCCACCUCCUUCCUCCCGACCCCGGGCGCCGCCGCCGUCGCGAGAACCGCAAACCGCACCCUCCGCUCCGUCGUCCCCUCCCAGAGGAUGAGGUGCUCGAUGCGGAAGAAGGGGCUGCACCCGGAGAUCUUUGAGGACGCGAAGGUGUACUGCAAUGGUGAGCUGGUGCUGGUGACGGGGGGCACGAAGCCGGAGUACUCGGUGGACGUCUGGUCGGGGAACCACCCCUACUACGUCGGCGACUCCUCGGCGCUGGUCGUCAUGGACAGCCAGAUCGAGAAGUUCCGCAAGAAGUGGGGGCACGUCAAGGAGUACUGGACCAAGGAGCAGUGGCUGGAGAUGCACCCUGACGGCGACCCGGAGUUUGAGCCGGAGGACGACGAGACCCGCAAAUGAUGGCUCUGCCUCUCCUGCUCCUCGUCUUCCUGCUGCGUUUCUCUUGCUGUUAACUCCCGAACUCAAUUAUGCUAGUUUGCGUGGCUUGAUUCUCCAGCUGUACCGUCUGCACGUUGAUUGAUUUGGUUCACGGGGAUUGCAUUUGCAUUGCCCUCGAGGUGUUCGGGUAAUGUUCGCAACGACUCUAGCAAUACUACUUUCCAGUAUGUGUCAA